ACAUAAAGAGUUGCUUUUGGCAGACAAUGCUAAGAGACACUAUGAAGUCCUGGAGCGACGGCCAGUCAGACCUUUACAGCAGUGAUCAGGAAGAGGAAGAAGAGAUGAUCUUUGGUGAAAAUGAAGAUGAUUUGGAAGAGAUGAUGGAUUUAAGUGACUUGCCUACCUCAUUGUUUGCCUGCAGCGUGCAUGAAGCUGUGUUUGAGGCACAAGGGGAGAAGGAAAGAUUCGAAGCACUUUUCACAGUCUAUGACAACCAAGUUACAUUCCAGUUGUUUAAAAGCUUCAGACGAGUAAGAAUAAACUUCAGCAAUCCAGAGGCAGCAGCAAGAGCGCGGAUAGAACUACAUGAGACUGACUUUAAUGGAAAAAAGCUGAAGCUUUAUUUUGCACAGGUCCAGAUGUCCAGCGAAGUGGGAGACAAAUCCUAUCUCCUUCCACCACAACCUGUCAAACAGUUCCUGAUAUCACCACCUGCAUCUCCACCGGUUGGAUGGAAACAGAGUGAGGAUGCCACUCCUCUUAUAAACUAUGACUUGCUUUGUGCUGUUUCCAAAUUGGGGCCAGGGGAGAAAUAUGAACUUCAUGCAGGAACAGAGUCUACUCCUAGUGUAGUUGUCCAUGUUUGUGAAAGUGAAACAGAAGAAGAUGAUGACAUGAAAAAUCCCAAACAGAAAAUCGCACAGACAAGGCGCCCAGAACCACCUCAGACAAUACUAAAUGAAUCUAAAACAUUUGAUUGUACACCAGAGGUAGGGGGUAUCAUGCACCGUUAAGAUCUUGUGGUAAUAUAAGCAGUGUCUGUAAUGAGAUGCUAAAUUAAGAUGUGUAUUGAUGUCUGCAUUGCUGCAUUAUAUAUGGCAGUGGCAGAUUUUACUUGUAGGUAGUUCUCUCUCAUGUUAAAGAUUUUGGAUGCCAAUAUUUCAAACAGCACUUUAAUUUUAAGGACUAACUCCCCCAAAUGUAACAAAAUCCAGUAAAUUUAAAAUAGUGACAAAAUAGGAGGUUUUUCUUGAUAUUGUGUAGCAUGGUGCACUAAAUGCUAAAACAAUAUCUUAAAGUAACCAUCUGUAUAUUAUUUUCAAAAUAGUUUGUUGUAUAGUAAUCAAACGUGGCUAUCUUUUGUAUGGGGUGCACUGAUAGAGAUUUUUGGGGCCGAUACCGAUAGCCGAUUUUUAAGGAGGCAUAUCGGCCAAUACCGAUCUGAUUUCCAAUAUGCAGCCCGGCAGCUUGAAGAGCUGUGUGCGGCUGGUAAGUCUGUUGUGAUGGAAGGAGCGUGGGUGGGGGGUAGAUAAAGGACCCUGCAGUGAGGGAGGAGUGGGACAGGGGCUGGGGUACGUCCUGCCCAGCUGGGGCAGGGUGCAGGACAGAGCCACAGCUUGUCUGAAGGGGAGGAGUGUCUCCUUCCACUGCGCGCACCCCGGGAAGGCACAGGAGGCGCAUGCCCCUGAAUCGGGGUGGGGCGGGCUGCAGCUGCAGGCUGGAACUGGGGCAGCGCCAGCACCAGGCUCUUCCCAGCGGGGGCUGGGCCAGGCUGCACUUGGGGUGUGCAGCAGCAGCA